CUCGGCGACGCCGCAUGCUUCGCCUUCGGCAAGGUCGUCUUCGCCGCCGCCGACCUGGUCGCCGGCUGGUUGAUCGAGCGGGUCUUGACGAUGCGGGCGGGGCCGUCUGGGGUUGCCGGCCGAGGCGGCAUGCACCCCGCCAUGGCGAGGAGGUUCGCGGCUGUGUGGCUGCUCAACCCCAUGGUCGCGACGAUCAGCACGAGGGGCAGCUCCGAGGGCUUGCUCGGAGUCCUGGUGGUUGCUCUAUUGUGGGCUGUUCUCUCUCGGAGGAUUACCUUGGCAGGACUCAUUCUGGGCUUUGGAGUGCAUUUCAAGAUCUACCCUUUUAUCUACGCUCCGGCUAUAGUCUGGUGGAUGGAUGACGAGAAGCUGGGAAGCCGCUCGCCGGCGAAGAAGGCAACAAAACGAAACGAGAUCAAGACCAAGGAUGGAAGGGCAACUGCCCCCUCGACGAUGACUCAACUCAUGGCAUUCCUGACUCCGGCAAGGAUCCAGCUCGCUGUGGCCAGCUUGGGCACCUUCUUGGGGCUCAACAUUCUCAUGUUUUCACUCUACGGAACCCCCUUCGUGACGCACACCUACCUCCACCACGUCACGCGCAUCGAUCACCGACACAACUUCAGUCCCUACAACACGCAGCUCUACCUGACCUCGGCCUUCCCGUCGUCGUCCCCGCUGCGCCUCGAAUCUCUGGCCUUCAUCCCGCAACUCCUGCUCUCUUGCGUGCUCAUCCCGCUGGCCACGGCCAAGAAGGACCUGCCGGCCUCGAUGCUCGCUCAGACCUUCGCCUUUGUCACCUUCAACAAGGUGUGCACCAGCCAGUAUUUCCUCUGGUACAUGGUCUUCCUCCCGCUGUACCUCCCCGGCUCCUCCUUCCUGCGCGGCCGCGCCCUCGGCCCUGCCGCGCUGGCCCUCUGGGUCGUGGGCCAGGGCCUGUGGCUGCAGCAGGGGUUCGGGCUCGAGUUCCUUGGCCGGAGCACCUUCCUGCCGGGCCUGUGGCUGUCCUCGCUGGCCUUCUUCCUGGUCAACUGCUGGGUGCUCGGGGUCAUCGUCGGGGAUGUCGUGCGCAGGGUGUGACGAGGACGGUGCUGGAGUGCUGGUGGUGGUGGUGGGGUGAGGGGAGAGGAUGGAGAAAAAGGGGGAAUGGAGUUGUCAUGUGUCACUUGGUAACGGUGGCGUCUAGUCGGUUAGAAUUCAAUGGCGAGUUCAUUGGACCUCUUGAUAACAUUCCUCGUGGCUGCCUGUCUGCCUCCGUAAUUCUCCACGAACCUUGCAGUUUCUCGUCUAGAAAACAUAUAAC